AAUCCCUAUCAGACCCCCAAAUUCUGCAGGCCUCAGCUGGGAUGAUUUUGAGACGCGUUUUGACUGGAACUUGGUCCGAUUUUGGUUCCAAUCCUGGUUACUUUCUUCACCAACUCUCUAUCCAAUUUCAGCAACUUCAUGCGAACUACAGUCGUCCCCCUUUCAAAAACCGAUACAACGAUGAAGAUGAGAACAAUGUUAGAAAGAGAAAGGACACUCAACAAGAUCAUUUGCAGCUAUACAAAAGCUGGGGGCAACAUCUUUUGACUAACCCAAGAGUCCUUGAUUCCAUUAUCAGGAACUCUGGAGUUGGCCCAACUGAUACCGUGCUCGAAAUCGGUCCGGGUACUGGAAACCUUACCAUGAGGCUUCUUGAAGCUGCUAAAAAAGUUGUUGCGGUGGAAGUUGAUAAUCGUAUGGUGGAGAUUCUUCACACUCGUGUUUCUGAAAGUGGGCUUCGUGAAAAGUUGACGAUUAUAUGUAAGGAUGCACUAAAGGCAGAUUUUCCUGAUUUUGAUCUUGUGGUGGCAAACAUUCCUUACGGAAUAUCAUCACCGCUAGUGGCGAAGCUGGUUUUUGGCGGGUACAGUUUUCGAGGUGCAACUCUUCUUCUCCAGAAAGAGUUUGCUACUCGACUCUUGGCUAAUCCCGGUGACUCAGAGUUUAAUCGACUGGCUGUCAACGUGAAACUGGUAGCUGAUGUUGAGCACGUCAUGAACGUAAGCAAAAAAGAUUUUGUACCCAUACCAAAAGUCGACUCCUCAGUUGUUAAAAUCCGUUUGAAAACCGAAAUCCCGGAUGUAAAUCUAAACGAGUGGUGGGCGUUCACUAAAACCUGUUUUGGUAAGAAAAACAAGACGUUGGGUGCGACAUUCAGGCAGAAGAAAAAAGUUGCGGAGCUUUUGAAUCUGUCAAAAUUAACAAGCGUUGAUGGAGAUGUUGUGCAGCGUGAAUGUUGUAAUGAAAGUGAUGACGGUGAAGAUGAAUGUAACAUUUCGGGAACGGAUGUGAAUUUGUUUAAGGAAAAACUUGUUGGGAUUCUUAGAACCGCUGGGCUUGAAGAUAAGAGACCGUCGAAACUAUCGAAUGACGAGUUAAUGUAUUUGCUUUCGUUAUUCAACCAGGCGGGAAUAUGGUUCCGUGAUCAGGAUAAGCCAAGGGAUAUCAAUGCAGCAUUUGCUGGAUUAUAAUGUAAGAUAAUAUGGCUCAUUGAUUUUGUUUGUGUUACUAUAUACCUGUAAUAUUUAUUUGUUGAAUUGGUAAUUCUGGACUUCUCAUAUGAUUUUGGCUAUUAUUGACAAUAUCCUCACAACCUUA